AUGCUGAGAUUACAUCUACGCAAGAUGUCAUCCACUGCAACGAAUUACCCUCAAGAAUUUGUCAAGUUUCUUAAUGCGAGUCACACCCCCUACCAUGCAACGCACAACAUCAAGUGUCAUCUUUUGGAUAACGGGUUCCAGGAAUUAAGCGAACGUGACUCUUGGAACGGCAAAGUGUUGAAAUGUGGGAAGUACUUUGUUACUAGGAACAAUUCGUCCAUUAUUGGGUUUGUGGUCGGUGGCAUGUGGGCUCCUGGGAACCCAAUUGCUAUAGUGGGGGGGCAUACGGAUUCUCCAACGUUGCGGAUCAAGCCAAUCUCGAAGAGAACCGCUGAGGGAUAUCUGCAAGUCGGCGUGGAGUGUUAUGGGGGUGGUAUUUGGCACUCGUGGUUUGAUAAGGAUUUGGCCGUUGCAGGGAGGGUGAUGGUCAGUGACCCGGAAACCGGUAAGACAGUCGCAAAGUUGGUCGAUAUCAAUAAACCUUUAUUGAAGAUCCCCACUUUGGCGAUACACUUGGAUAUAGACGUAAACCAGAAAUUCGAGUUCAACAAGGAAAGUCAAUUGUUACCUGUCGCUGGCCUGGUUAAGGAAACCAACGCGACGGAGACAGCUGAUUCGGUGCGCAAAGACUAUUUCAGUUCCAUCAAAGAAACAAUUGAAAGACAUCAUGAGGAACUUUUGAACUUGAUUGCAAAGGAACUAGAUAUCAAGUCCACAAAGGAGAUCGAAGAUUUCGAACUCAUCCUGUACGACCAUAACGAGGCUUGUCUAGGCGGGUUAUCAGAGGAAUUCGUUUUUUCCGGGAGGUUGGAUAACUUAACUUCCUGUUUCACCUCGAUGCAUGCCAUGACUCUUGCUGCAGAUACAGGAAUUGAGAGUGAGACUGGUAUUAGACUUUUUGCUUGUUUUGACCAUGAGGAAAUCGGAUCGUCCUCCGCACAAGGUGCAGACUCUAAUUUCUUGCCAAAUAUUUUGGAAAGAUUGGCCCUGUUGAGAGGUAAUGAAAAGGACAAAGACGAACCAUUAACCAAAUCGAUGAAUCUGGAGACAUCCGCAAAAUCGUUCUUUUUGUCCUCUGACGUUGCACAUGCAGUCCAUCCAAAUUAUGCUGGGAAAUAUGAGUCCCAACACAAACCAAUGAUUGGAAGCGGUCCUGUGAUAAAAAUUAACGCUAACCAGCGUUAUAUGACGAACUCUCCAGGUAUCGUUCUUUUGAAAAAAUUGGCUGACAAAGUCCAAGUUCCAUUGCAACUGUUUGUUGUGGCAAAUAACUCGCCCUGUGGCUCCACCAUCGGCCCAAUUUUGGCCUCCAAAACAGGUAUCAGAACAUUAGACUUGGGCAACCCAAUAUUAAGCAUGCAUUCAAUCAGAGAGACUGGAGGUGCUGCGGACCUUGCUUAUCAGAUUAAAUUGUUUCAAGCAUUUUUCGAGGAUUAUUCUUUAUUAGAAAGCAAAAUAGAGGUAUAG